AUGGAGACCCCACAGUCACCGCACACACCCAUGUGGCACUCGCCAGCGACGACCACCAAGCUUCGCUCUGCACCACCAAGCCCCACCCCUACGCCCUUCUAUAACCACAUCCCCGACUGGAGCCCCCCCCUGGGUGUUGACCAUCCACGACGCCGCGCCAUGAUGGAGGAGAUUGUGAUCCCAGACCUCGACGAUGAUGACGACUUUGUCAUGCCGCCACUGAGCAGGGCCGCUUUCGGCACACCAGCAGGAUCGCCCGACUCGUCAGAGAUCCACGGGUAUCGCGGCGACCACUCGUUUUCGUCAGAGUCACCACUGCCAUCAGUGCCCCGCGGCGGCGGCGGCGGCGGGUCCGUUCAGCGGCCAACACCUGUGCCCAAGAGCUCGUUGGGCUUUUCGGCAUCGUCGCACGACCUUGCAGCGCUGGACCCACCCCCACGCCUGGGGAAACAGUCCAAUGGGUCUGUCACGUCGCUGGGUAGCCACCACCACGCACAUGCGUCAGGCAGCGGCUCGGGUCUGCUCAAUUCCAAGAGCCGGUCGUUUGCGUCUCUGAAGAAUGUCUUCAAGGGCACCGAUAAGGGAGGACCGCCGCCUCCGCCUGUCCCAUCAUGGGACUCAAAGCCCCCUUCCGCCGGCUACCCGACGCUGAAGAACCCCUUCUCCAUGGCCCCGCCAGCGUCGCCGACAUCCUCGACUGCGAUCGCCGCCUUUGGCAACAGGCCACGAGCCAACACCAAGGCGUCGGUGUCGUCCAUCACACACUAUGGCGAGCGCAACAAGUCGGUGGCCACCAUGCACUCGUCACAGCGCUCGUUUGGCGCCCGCUCGACGCGGUCCGAGGCGAGCUCGACGUUUCGUGCAGAAGACUACCCGAUGCCGGCCAUGCCCCGCAUCCCCAACAGGUCGACGCCGUCGCGCGCCGGCAGGCAAGGGAGCGACACGAGCAUGUUUGGCAGCUUUGGGCGCAACACGAGUAUCUCGGGCGACGACACGCUGGAAAACUUUGGCAAGACACCCGCAGAAGAGGCACUGAAAGUGCUGUUCAAUGCGUUCAGAGAGGUCGCCGAUAGCAAGAUCAAGAAGCUGCUGGCCAAGCCCUUGAACUCUGCAGUGUCCCUCUCUGCGGCGCUGGAACCAGGCGUCGACACGGCGUUUGACGAGCUACUGGUAUCGCUCGCAAACUGCGCUCGUCGCCACGCACGACGGGUCCUCGACAUUCUCAGCGCGUGGUGUCGCCAGCAGUGUGAACCCAUGCAGACCAACGAGGUGCGCAACCUGUUGUCACAGUCGAUGGGUCUGCAGUUGCGGACAGAAGACGCCGCCAUGACACUGGGUGCGCGCAAGUCGGCGUCGGCAAGGUACAUUUAUCACCGUGCACUGAUCGAGAUUGUCCGUGUCGUGCCGCCCGACGUGCUUGGCGAGGACGUUGCUCUCAACCUCGAGCACGCCGCAUUCUCCUUGUUCCGUUCGGAGCGGUCAGACGAAAACACCCACCGCCGCCCCAUAUCGACUCUGUUGGUCGAUUUCCUCGGCGAGCUGUCCAAAACCCGCUUCCUGACCGUCAGCGACCGCUUCUUGCGGGAACUGAGUGGGCUCAGCUCCAUUGCAUCGUCAAAGGACCAAGAGGCCAAGAUUGAGCAUAUUCUCAAGGGCGUCCGCCACCUCAAGCUCAGAGUGUACCCGGAACCCGACCUAGAACGGGCCGCCGAUUUUGUCCAGGACCUCUCGGCGUUCUUUGCCAACGCCCACGGUAGCGCGCUCAAGUGUGCCUAUGCCGAGACAUUCACCUACCUCCUGCACCCAGUCAUCGAGUCGGCCACCGCCGAGGUCAACCACCCAGUGUGGUCCAAGGCCAUCGCCGUCGUCCUGCAGCGUGCCAUGCUCAUGGCGACAAAACCCCGAUACUGGAGCGUGGCGUUCCCGCUCGUCGUCGUCGCGCUCGGCGUAUCCCCGCGCGAAGUGUUCAUGGAGCACUGGCAGGGCUGCAUCGAUAUCAUUGCCGCAAAGUCAAAGGACCGUGGCAUGCGACUGAUUGGCAUGAACGCGUUCAUCCGCCUGCUCUGGAUCUACCUCAACCGAUGCCCCGAGAGUUCAACAUCGACGAGAAAAAGGCUAGAACCGCUGCUGCGAGGUUAUUUCCCCCUCCAUACCCGCCAACUGCACCCGGACGACCUCGGUGUCGAGCCGUUUGUGACCAUGCUCCAUUACGUCCUGGCACGGCAAUUCGACUAUGGACAAGAGCUUGUCACCGAGUUUCUGCGCGACAGCGUCACCAGCCGCACGGCUGAUGGCACUCCGGGCGACAUUCUCCAUGCCGAGCGCGCGUUUAUUGCCGUUCGCGCAGUGACCCACACGUUACGGUGCAUUGCCGAGCAGCGCGCCGUCGUGUUCCCGACCAGUGCAGACUUUUCGCGGUUUGACCUCGACAAGUUUAGCUGCAAGCCCGACGAGCCGACCAUCAGCGACAGCCCCGAGGCUGAAGAGUUUAUGAAGAAAUGCGGCCCCACGCUCAUGAACGUCCUCCAGAGUUGUGACCGGUCGGUCGGCAACGUAUUGCUGUCCAGCGACUUUAUUACGCUGUCGGCCCACGCGUCCAGCGCCUCGUGGGAGAGUAGCGGUGACCAAGUCACUUGCAAGCAUGGCGACGUUCACGUCGCGUACCCGAAACGCUUCAACCCGACAUUCCGCCUCCUCACCGCCCUCCUCGAUGCCGUGCGCUCCCUCUUGCCAAUCGUCCCCAACAUCACAAACUUUAUCAACAUUCUGUGCCGAUCGACGUUUUCUGCCGAUCCCAUGACAUGUGAGGUCGCAUCCAGCACCAUGCGCCGCAUCGCAGACGACCCAGCACACUGCAUCGUCCUCGUCGACAACUACCGCCAGUUUGUCUUUGAGACCCGCAACGUGUUCCGCGACCACUUUGUCGGCACCCGACUGCUCGACUCGCAGCUUGUCCGCGUCGUCACGCUCUGGGUCGACAUGCUCGAGUCCCUUGCCGCCCACCAGCGUACAGCUGAAAAGCCCGAGCCCGUAGACAUCUCGUUUGUUCACAAGGUGGAAGCCACUGGCCUGUUCCUCCUCUGCUCGUCCAGCGUCAAUCUCCGCAAGCUCGCCCACCAGGUCUUCACUGCGGCCAGCGACCUCAUCGGCCAGAACCGCGAGCCGUCGGCGCCGUUUAGGUACAGCCGUCUUGUCAUCGACGUGCCGACCAUCUCGGCCGUCCUGCAAGUGUACGAUUGCAACACUACAGAAGCAGACUUGGUCACCAUGCGCAAAAUUGCCACACUCUCAAGCAACGACCGCCACCGUCUCGACACACACAAGGCGGCGACCAAGCUGAUGCGCAAGAUUGCAGAGAGCGACAGUCCAAAGGACUCGGCACUGUGGGCGUGUCUGCUUCCGGCCUUCAUUGCCAAGACUGCCGACCAGCUACCCAAACCUGUCAAGGAGCUCCAGUUGCUCAUUGCUCAGACAGUGGUCCGCUUACAAAACCACGUCGCUGUCACGGCGUCCACAAAGCCACAGGCGCGUCCCACGGGUGUCACUGUCAACCGCUCAGUGUCCGAUGGUACCAUGCUUGCCGACCAGUGGCGCCAGUACCUCGCCGUCCUGUGCGCUACGGUCGACUCUGCGGGCGUCGUGACACAAGGUUCCCGCAAGGACCAGACACUCUCUGCCGAGCUGCUCAUGACACCGCAACUGUUCCCAUAUCUCGUCCAGACACUCAACUGGGACGACCGUCGCUUCCAGGACGCAGCCGUCUACGCUCUGGGCUCGAUCCGCCAGUCGUCCCUCCGGUCCCUGUCCGAGGCCCUCGUCACCCACGUCCGCCGUCUGUCCGACUCGUACCGCAACUUUAACAGCCAAGGAGGAGGCAACUUUACGCGUCGACCCACUGCCCAGGGCGCGCUAUGGACUGCGUUUGCGCACGUGUUCCGCCUCAUCUCGCCGUUAAUCCUCGAGGGCCGCUCGUCAGCAUACCUCACCAACCUCUCGUCGCUCAUCCAGUUUGUCAAGAUUACACUCGGCCUCCUGGCCGACCCGGCUUACCGCGACGACUAUGAGCUGCAGAGUCUCAGGCGCUACUUUUGUAUUGUCGUCGACAACCUCACGACCGCCCUGGGCCAGCUCGACAGCAGCGACCGGUUCCUUGGCGAGGAGCACCGUGGCGCCAUUUUCAAGCUCUGCUACGACUGGUGCCACGUCGGCCGUCGUCCCGACGUGGCAAAGGCCCGCGAGUCGGCCACGCUCCAGGCAGCCGCAGACUCGUACCGCGGCGAACGCGACAAGGCCCAGUACCUCGACGACCUGCAGGCCAAGACCAAGCUCCUGUCCGCCGCAGCGGCAGAGGCCAUGGCUAGCUUGUGUCUCGGCAAGCUCAUCACUGCCGCCGACUCGACCCCGGCCGGCCAGGCAUCCGAGCAUGUCGUCGACCCCUUGACUGUCCUGCGCUGGGUCCGCGGCAUGCUCCAGACGUCGUCGACCGCCCACCACGACACGGCACGCAAGGCCCUCCACGCAUUGAUAAAGUACAACUGGGGCGUCGCGCGUCUUGCCGACGAGGUGCUCCAUCAGGCGUUUGGUGAAGGCGAGCACUUUUCCCUCGACUCGUCCUUUUUCGGUGUCGUCGCCGACAUGAUCGGCGAGGGUACCAUCAAGCUGCCACCGGCCCAGCUGGCCUGCCUCUCCCUCUCAAAGCUGGGCCACCCAGUGUCCGACGUGCGUCACCGUGCGUUCCAGCUUGCAGUGUGGUUGUUCCACGAUGCCGCCGACCAGCUUGCGGUCGGAGCCCUCCUGCCUGCUGUCGGAUCUGCCGCCCCCAACGCGUACCGCCAGGCCCAGCUGGAAAUGGCCACCCGUCUCGCCAACUUGUACCCCAACCUCGCCCUGCCCUUCCUUGCGGAAUGUACCGCCCGUCUCGGCCAGCUGGAGGCACCCCGUCGCCACGCCACCCUCAGCAUCCUGCCCCCCUUCCUUCAGGUCCUUGAGCUCGAGGCGGACACAUCCAAGCUCGGCCCCGACGAGAUUGCACGCGACCACGAGGCCCUGUCCAACCUCACCUACCUCGUGGUGCGGUUCACAGACGACCACAUUGACGAUAUUCGCGACAUUAUCGUCAGCUUUGCGGGCUCGGGACGUGCGCGCAACACCACCGCCCUUGUCAAGUUUCUCUUUGAACAAGGUGCCAAGCGCAGCCCGGACUUUGUGCAGCAUGCCCAGCAGAUCAUCUCGUGUCUCGCCAACUCGCCCGCAGCAGACAUUACAUUCGAGGAGAUUUACGGCUUUGUCCACCCCUCGGACAUGGCCACGUCGGCACAGGCCAAUGUGCCCUCGAGUCCCGCCACGUCGCUCGCCAACCUGGACGCAUUGUUCGGCGCGUCACAACAGCGCAGCACAAAGCCAAUGUCCCAGGGUCAAAUGGCUCUCCUCUUUGCUGGCGAGCUGCUCCCUCAUCGCCUGAGCCACCCAGCGCUCUCGUCACGCUUGCCGACCCUGCUGCAUGUCGCGUUCAUCCUCUGCGACGACUCCAACGCCAUUAUGCGUGACCAGGCGCAGAGGGUGCUCUUCCAAGUACUCCGUGCCAUGGUGUGUAACCUGACCAACGUCCACACCGCCGAAGCGGGCGACCAGGCGGCUAUUUGGGCUGCUGCCGAGCUCAAGACCACUGCGCUUGCGCGUAGCAGGGCUACCGCGUUCUGGAAGACAGACGACGCCGGGAGUCCCGAGACGGUCUUCCAUGCGCCAGAAAAGAUGGCGUCAAUGGUUGGUAAGAUUCUUGGAUCUCUCCAGCAACUCCAGCCCAAGCUUCGCCAGCAGUGGGGUGCGCUUGCCCUCGACUGGGCCACGUCGUGCACCAUUCGCCACCUUGCGUGUCGCUCGUUCCAGGUCUUCCGCAUCUUGUCGCCCGACAUAGGCCCGCGCAUGGUCUCAGAUGUGCUUGCACGUCUGUCCAGCACGAUUGCCAGCUCAUCGCCCGAGAUCCAGGCAUUCAACAACGAGGUCAUGCGCACGUUUGCGUGUAUCGUCCAGUCCAUCUCGCCGGCGGACAUGCACAACUACCCGCAGAUCUUUUGGUGUUCCAUGACGUGUCUCACCACCCCGUACGAGUCCGAGUUUAACGAAGUCGUCGACCUUCUCUCGCACGUCCUCGACAAGACCAACCUCGCCGACCCAGCCGUGGUCACCCAGCUCAUGUCGUUCCGCCCCAAGGACCUCACGGGCCCGCCUCCCCACCUGCAGGCACUGCUGCUCAUCGGUCUGCGCUCCUCCAAGACGGACAUGAUGACGUUUGACGUUAUCCGCCGCCUCACGUCCGUGCCCAACUCGGAGCUCAUCGACUCGCAAGACGACAGACUCGUCAAUGGGUUUGUGGCAGCUCUUCCGUGGAUGCUCCACUCGACCGACCUUGGCGAGCCCAACGAGGAGCUCGCAUGCAUGGCCACCGACCUGGCCGAGAUUGCCGAGCAGCAGGGCCAGGCGGGUAUCGCUCGUCUCCUGACCUCGUUUGCCCGUGCACGUUUCCGCACAAAGGACGACUUUAUUCGCCAGGCGGCGUCCCUCCUUCGUGAGCGUCUCGCCACCCAUGCGCUGCAGAUUGUCACGCUGCUCCUCGGGUUCGUCCUCAACCGCAACGACUGGAUGCGCGACAAGGCCUUGCAGAUCCUCAAGCUGCUCUUGUCGUUCCCCGAGGUCCGCGCCCCGCUCGCUCCUCACAGCCGCGAGCUCGUGCGCCCCCUCCUCCGCCUCGUCUCCACCAAGCAUGGCGCGCAGGCGCUCGAGAUCCUCGACCUGCCGUUCAGCACACCAGACCCUGCGGUCCCCGAAUCCAGCGACCAGCUGUUUGGUCCCUUUGAGUCGUCGGGCUGGAGCAUCCCGAACGCCAACGAACGGUCCGAAGUCACGCGCAACAAUGUCCACGCCGUGUUUAACACGUGUGCCGUCGAAUCGCGCGCUGCGUCGGCACACUUUUCCGUCCUCCAGUUCUCCGACCUGCGCAGCGGCCCCACAAACCCGUCCCAGGUCAGCCUCGAGCUGCCCUCCCCGCCCAUGUCCGUCCCGGACAAUGCAUCCAUGGGCGACCUCGUCGGCGCGCUCCACUCGCUCAACCAGUUCUUCGACGACGGCCUCGACGGCGGCAACACGUCUCCGCUUGCGCCGCGCCGCACCGCCGCCAUGGCGCACUAUGCGCGCGGGAGCAGCUCGGAAUCGCUCGGCGUCGCGCGCAUCAUGGCGCGCGGCAUGGUCCGCAGCCCCUCGGCCAGUCUCUCGGGCCACUCCAUGUCCGGACACUCGGGCCACGGCCACAGCCAUAGCCAUCUGAGCGAACAGGUCGAAGGGUACUCACUCGAACCGCAUCGCUACGAACCGCCGCGCUUUGACCACCGCGGCUAUGCGACGAGCACAGACAGCCACUCGCACGCCGGGUCCGACACCACGUCGUUGCCCCGCAUCGGUAACGGGCAUGGCACCGAGGCGUCCAACGAGUACAUCUAUUUCCCGCCCUCGAACGGCGUGCAGUUUGCCCAGGCGUACGGCAGCGGCAGCAGCGGUGCCAGUCACGGCCACGGCCACGGACAAGGAAACGGAAACGGGAACGGAUUCAACACUGCCAAGCGCGGCGGCCUGUACGUGCACGCGGCGCACAAGCCGAGUUUCUCCAGUGAGAGCGAGUUUGGCGCCGCUGCAAGCGACAAUGUCUUUUCGCUCGACGACUCGGGCGGCGAGGCGGCGCUCAAGGCCCUCGGCGACGACGACAUCCUCGACACACCCGUCCACCGGCCGUGGAACGGCAGCGACCGCAGCCGUACACCGUCACCGCGCGAUGCUCCGGUUUAG